AUGGGGACGGAGAAAGGCUCAAGAAGAAUCGGUCGAAAUGAUGAUAUGACGGGCCUUGACCCUGACACGGAGGAGAUCCUCGAGAUCCACUGCAUCAUCACGACAGGCAACCUCGAGCCGCUCGACGGCCCCGGCUGGGGUGUCGUCGUCCACCAGCCGGCGUCGCGACUCGACCAAAUGGGCGAGUGGUGCACUGACAUGCACGCCAAGACGGGCCUCACGGAGGCAGUCCUUGCCUCGACGACGACGCCUCAGCAGGCGGCGGAGGGCCUGCUGGCGCACAUCAGAAAGUACGUGCCAACGCCGAAGGUGGGCCUGCUCGCAGGUAACACGGUGCAUGCGGAUCGAGGCUUUCUGGCCAAACAACCGUACACGCCCAUUGUCGAGCACUUACAUCAUCGAAUCGUAGAUGUCAGCAGUCUCAAGGAGGCAGCGAAGCGAUGGUGUCCGAGAGAGAUAGUCGAGGGGGCGCCGGUCAAGACAGGGACGCAUCGCGGAAGGGAGGACAUCAAAGAAAGUAUCGCCGAGGCACGAUACUAUCGUGAAGUCAUCUUCGGCGCCACGUGGAGUCAGGGCCGGGAGACUUUGGCUACGGAGCCGACAAGCGACGAUGAACAAUGGGCGAACAACUUGAUGUAG